AUGUGUGUCGAGGUCUGGAACACCUUCCAGAGUUGCAACCAUCGUGUCUACCAGAGCAAGUUCCCCUGCAGCGUCGCCAGACAAUGCGCACCUGGGGAUGACCUCACCCUGAAGCGAACCAAGUUCCUCCCGGACAAGAUACCUAAGCUACCCCCUGGAGAUCAGGUGUGCAAGACCAAGGUAGCCACGAGGCCCCUGAGCUCAAGAUGUCCGAUGUGUGCUAAGGAGGCAAGAAUGGCAAAGAUUACGGCCACUGCCACCAACACCACAACUACCACCGCUUCUACCUCCACCACUUCCAGCCCUCCCGUGGAGUUGACCUCGUCUACGUCUUCAGUCCAACCUGGCACCAGCCCAUCUCCGGGCGGAGAAGGAAUCAAGCGCUUGCGCGAUUCUUUGGUCAUGCUGGAUCGAUUUCGAAAAUCAUCGAUCUAA